GCACCUUUGAAGCAGGGGCGGUGGUAAAGGAAAGCAAUCCCCAAAUGGCAGCUGCGAAGUGCAGCGAAACAGCGAUGCUCGUCAUAGACAUGCAGAAUGAUUUCAUACUGCCCGGUGGUCCGAUGCACGUCGCCGGAGGCCAAACCGUCGUCCCAUCCGUCAUCCGCGCCGUCUCCUUUGCCAGGCAGCGGGGUAUUUUCGUCAUUUGGGUUGUGAGAGAACAUGAUCCUUGGGGAAGAGAUGUUGAGCUUUUUCGUCAACACUUGUAUGUAAAUGGUGAAGGACCUACUGCAAAAGGGUCUAAAGGUGCUCAACUGGUUAAUGGGCUUAUACCUGAAGAAAAAGACUAUAAGAUAGUGAAAACACGCUUUAGUGCUUUUUUCAACACACACCUCCAUCACUUUCUUCAAACUUCAGGCAUUAAGAACUUGGUUAUUGUAGGUGUUCAAACACCAAACUGCAUCAGACAAACUGUUUAUGAUGCUGUGGCAUUGAACUAUCAAUCUGUUACUGUUAUUGUUGAUGCUACCGCCGCUGCUACCCCAGAAGUACAUAUUGCUAACAUUAUGGACAUGAAGAACAUUGGAGUGGAAACACCAACAUUGGAGGAAUGGUGCACUCAUACUUGAUGUUUUCUUGAUACUUUUUAGCUCUUAUAUAUAAUGUAUCAAGGCUUGUUCUUCUUUGAAAUAUCAACUUUAUAUAAGUCUUAAAAUGAAUUUCCGACUUCUUUGAAUCUGAUUAUAUAAUAAUUAAUCGAGUUAAUCUUGA